CUCAGAAUACCGCUUUGGCAAAAAGGCAUGAACACUUGUAAAGAUAAGGAGAAUACAUCACUGGGAGACACACGGAAGGAGCCGAGGUCGCACUCUGUUAUGAGACAAUGUGUGACCGUCAGACCUUUGUGAAACUCAGUGAAGAGAAGCGCAUACCAAAGUCUGACAUCCUGUCACUGCUGAGAACCUACAACUGCUAUCAUGAGGGAAAAAACUUUCAGCUGCGGACUCGUGAGGAGGAUGGAGAGCUCAUCUUAGAGGGGUUGCUGAAUAUUUACUGGGGUCUUCGCCGGCCAAUAAGACUUCAGAUGUUUGAUGACAACGAAAGAUUUCGGCUUAACAGGAAUGAAAUAUCUACUGUGGCAAAGCAGACAUCUGCAGAGUCCAACAAUAACUCCCUGAGCAGAGCAGGGAGGCCAGCUGAUAGCGAUAAUGUUGGACAAGAGGAAGAGGACUCCCCUCAGCUGCUGAGGACCAGGAGUGAUGCUUCCUUCAUGCGUGUUCAAAGGAGGUCAAACACCCAUACUGCCAGAGACCUGCAGCGCCUGAGAACACACAGGUUCUCAAUCAACGGUCACUUCUACAACCACAAGACGUCUGUUUUCACCCCAGCUUAUGGUUCAGUCACUAAUGUUCGCGUAAACAGCUCAAUGACGACCGGACAAGUGCUCAACCUGCUGCUACACAAGUUUAGGGUUGAGAAUAAUUCUGAAGACUUUGUCCUUUACAUGGUGCAUGAAUCUGGGGAAAGGACACGACUGAAGGAUGAUGAACACCCUUUGGUGACUCGUGUGCUCUAUGGGCCGUGUGAAAAAAUCUCCAAAAUCUUUAUUACAGAAGUCGACCUGGGAGAGGAAGUUACGUACGAUGUUGCUCAAUACAUCAAAUUUGAGAUCCCUGUUUUGGACAGUUUUGUGGAGAAACUCAAAGAGGAAGAGGAACGUGAAAUAAUCAAACUGACCAAGAAGUACAGCGCUCUGAAAUCUAUGAUACUGCUUCAGCUUGAAGACAGAGAUCUUAGCAGUGACAGAGUAUGACUGUUUGUGUUUAUAUGACAUACUGUUUGUGAGUGGAUGUGUGUGUCUAUAAAAAAAGGAAAGGGUAGACAAUACACUAAUGACUGUUGAUUUACUUUGGCAAGAUUAUCCGAUACUGUAACGAAUGUAAAACUGAACAAGUGCUUACCGUAUAUUGAAAUUGUACUUUAUAAACCACACACCUUUUCAUUUUGUUUGUAUAUUUUGUAUCAUUCAUCAUUGUUUUAUUAUCACACUUUGUAUAUGUGCUUUUAAUAUUUACACAUUUGGAUAAAAAUCAAUUCUGAAAAUAUUUAUAAAUGAUGUUUUUGUACUCCUUAAACAUUUAAUAAAUCCUGCUGAU